AUGUACAGGUCUCUCGUGCACAACGGGAGGCCAUUGGUGGAGCCGGGGGAGUUCUGGGAGGCGGUGGACGCCACCUACAACUCCGCGGAGAGUAGACAGGUCGACAUGACCUUCCUGGACGACAUGCCGCAGCAGGCGGCACGAGAUUGGCCGCCGUUCGCUCUGCAGGAGCUGCGCGACGCGAUAGCGAAGGUGUCGGGGCGCUCUGCACCCGGAGAAGACCACCUUCGAUGGCCGUAC